GUUUGCAAAAAAGAACAAUGACAGACAGCAUAGGAUUCGGCCGCUGAAUGUCUUUUGAAACCAUCUAGGAGUUGUCGUCAGUACAGACUGUAGUUCAUACUUUGUUCAACUUCUCACUUCCACUCCAACAUCUCUCCAAUGGCCGAAAAUAACCCUCCAAACCCUACUCCUCCUCAUGAAGAAACCUAUUCAUCCCCCCUAACCCCUGAACCGGAGCUCCCGGUUACACAGAAAACUGAACUAACCGAUGAACCUUCACAACAACCUGAAACAGUAACCGAUACUAAAGGUAACCCAUCACAAGAAGAAGAUGUUGUUGCAGCUGAAGAUUCCACAGAACCCUCAAAAGAAGAACAAAAAGAACCCAAUCAGAACAAGAUUCCACAGAAUCUAGGCUCAUUCAAAGAAGAAAGCAACAGAGUAACCGAUCUAUCCGAAUCCGAACGAACCUCCCUUCAACAAUUCAAAACUCUUCUAACAGAUUCCCUCAAAGAUGACCAACAAGUUUCAAUCUACGGCGUUCCUCUUCUCGAAGACGAACGCACAGACACAAUCCUCCUCAAAUUCCUCCGAGCACGCGACUUCAAACCAAAAGAAUCACACACAAUGCUCAAAAACACACUCCAAUGGAGAAAAUCAUUCAACAUAGACGCACUUUUAGACGAAGAUCUUGGCGAUGAUUUAGAUAAAGUUGUUUUCAUGCAUGGUUUUUCGAGGGAAGGGCAUCCUGUUUGUUAUAAUGUGUAUGGUGAGUUUCAGAAUAAGGAGCUUUAUGAGAAGACAUUUGGAAGUGAAGAAAAGAGGGAGAGGUUUUUGCGUUGGAGGGUUCAGUUUUUGGAGAAAAGUAUUAGGAAACUUGAUUUUAGUCCUGGUGGUGUUAAUACUCUUUUUCAAGUUAAUGAUCUUAAAAACUCUCCUGGUCCUGCUAAAAAGGAAUUAAGGGUUGCUACUAAAAUGGCUUUGGAGUUGCUUCAAGAUAAUUAUCCAGAGUUUGUUGCUAAACAGGUUUUCAUCAAUGUGCCAUGGUGGUAUCUUGCAUUCUAUACCAUUCUCAAUCCGUUCUUGACUCAAAGGACAAAGAGCAAAUUUGUGUUUGCAGGCACAUCCAAGUCUCCUGAUACACUUUUCAAGUAUAUCACUCCCGAGCAAGUGCCAGUUCAAUAUGGUGGCCUGAGUGUUGAUUUUUGUGAUUGCAACCCGGAUUUCAGCAUUAAUGAUCCUACCACAGAAAUUCCUGUAAAGCCGAGCACAAAGCAAACUGUGGAAAUUGCUAUUUAUGAGAAAUGCAUUAUAGUCUGGGAGUUGCGUGUCGUGGGCUGGGAGGUUAGUUAUAGUGCUGAAUUCAAACCAGAUGAUAAGGAUGCAUACGGAGUUAUUAUACAGAAGGCUACAAAGAUGACCCCGACUGAUGAACCAGUGGUUUCAAAUAGCUUUAAAGUUGCAGAACUUGGAAAGUUGUUCCUCACUGUCGACAAUCCCACCGUGAAAAAGAAGAGGCUUCUUUACAGGUUCAAGAUCAAACCCUACUCUGAUUGAGAGAAAAUCAUCUCGUCUCGAGUGAUUUUGGAUACAAGAAGGAAAUUGAGCUUGAUGAGUAAGAAGUUUGUGUGUCAUAAUUUGUUCAGUCCAUUAUUCAUCUAUAGUUUUGGUCUUGAGUUGUUUGUUGAUUGCUUUCUCCGUUUUUAUUGUAUUUAAUACUUUAUUUAUUUCUAGAAAAACAUUUUUUGAGCUAGUCUAAAUUUGUUCUUUUACUUUCUGGUUAUGAGUAAUGUCGAGGAAGGGAGUAGUAGCACAUGGAGUUUGAAAUUGAGUUGGUUUGAGAUUGUGUGUAUUAGCCGAAUUAUCUGUCACUUUAAGAUAACCAGAUUACGAGAUGUUUAAAUGUAAAAUUUUGGCCUAUUUCAGUUGACUUA